AUGAGCAGCCACAACAUACUGACCGGACGGCGUCUGACGUCAUUCGGUAAGAUACCGUUGAAGUAUUUAAGAGAGUUGCUCGCAACACCGGCGAAAAUAUGGGAAAGGCUGUUCCCAGGAAGCGUUCCGGCUAUUAUCACGAACAAGAUGGCGACCAUAGAAGGUGUGACAGGCAAGCAAUUCGUCAUCGGGACGAAGGACUAUCCCGAAUGGAAAUACCAAUACGCCACGACGACCCAUGGCGUCGACCACGACAUGGAGCCCGGGCUGAUCAUCCAGCCGAAGAGCAAACAAGACAUCAAGCUUGCAGUCCUCUAUGCCAAGGAGCAGAAAAAGGCCAUCGCCAUCCGGACUGGUGGGCACCAGUACAGCGGCGCCUCGUCCACGAGCAAGGACAACAUCCUACUGGACCUGCGCGACAGCUUCCAGGGGCCCGAUGACCUGGCGUACUUCGAGAAGGACGACAAGAGCUACGUCCACGCCAGCGUGAGCUGGAGCCUGGGCAAGUUCAACGCCUUCCUCGGCAAGAACAAGGCCUUCGUGCCCCACGGGCAGUGCACGGCCGUGCACGUCGGCGGCCACGUGCAGACGGGCGGGUACGGCCAGCUGGGCCGCAGCUUCGGGCUCUUCGGGGACCACAUCCGCUCCCUGGAGAUCAUCGACCACGCCGGCGAGGAGAGGGAGAUCACGCUCGCCGGGGACCCGGAGCAGUUCUACGCCUGGCUGGGCGGGUCCCCGGGGAACCUGGGCGUCCUGACCCACUUCACGGUGGAGGUGCACCGCGACGCCGAUUACGACGGCUCCAUGGGCAUGAAGGCGCUGCACCUGUACGACACCAAGAAGCUCAAGCAGCUCCUCCAGGUGCUGGCGGAGAUGAACGACGACGACGAGUUCCCGCGCAACUACGACCUGUGCAUCAGCGUGCUCAGCUCGUCGUUUGACAUCCUGGGCCUCAUGGGCGGGCUCGACAACGAGAUGGAGGAGGAGCACCCCGAGAUCUUCGGGCAGGACGAGGACCCUGUCUGGCCCCGCAUGAUUGUGGUGUAUGCGCAGUUUGUCCCCUUCAGCAAGGACGACAAGCCCGACAUGAAGUUCUUCGAGCGGCUGCGCACGGGCUGCUGGUUCCAGACCGGCGCGAACAAAAAGCCCAUGUCGGAGCUAACGGCAGACUGGAUAUUUCGUAACACGAGGGAGUUUGACCUGCCGUAUGUCAAGAGGACGUACCUGACGACGUCGACGGAGCUGAGCACCAACGGCUGGGUCGACUGGGUCGUCGGCAGGAUGGACGAGGUCGUUCGGCCGGUUGGGAAUGGGCAGUGGCUGUCUGCUCAGCUGCAAUGUUUCGGCGGCAAGCACUCCCGGUUCAGGACGAACGCUGAUAAUGGAACAUCCCUCAGUUGGCGUGACUCGACUUUCUGCUUCACUAUCGACAACUUUCACAAGCCGGCAAUGAAGGGUGCCGCGGAGAAGUGGGCGCAAACAAAUGACGAGCAGGGUCUCGGUCCUGAUGGCAUCUUCAGCAAGCAAGACCGUCGCGUCCUGUGGGGCUCGUAUGGCAGUUUCGACCUCGACGAGUCGUGGCAGUUCUACUACGACGACCGGGCCAAGUAUGAGAAGCUGAUGGCGGCUAGGAAGACGGCUGACCCAGAUGGGACUUUCACCCCCAACACGUUCUCCGUUAAGCGGGCGAGCUGA